AUGUCUCACCGCCGACCAGCUCCUAGGACCACCCUCUUUGUGGCAGGCUUCCCGCCGACCAUGAGGGCACGAGACCUGGCCUACGAGUUUGAGCGCAUGGGUCGACUGGUCCGCUGCGACAUCCCCGCGCUCCGAUCGCCCACUGCCUCGCCGUACGCCUUUAUCGAGUACGAGGACCCCCGAGACGCCGAGGCCGCUCACCACGACAUGCACGGCAUGCGCUUCGGCCGCCACACGCUCCAGAUCCAGUUUGCCAAGAACGCUCCCUCCAGCAACUGGAGGUUCGACGGCCCCUCGCGCCGUGGACCGCCGCCGCCGCCGCCCUUCGCAGGAGCCCCCCCGCCUGCGCGCUCGACGCCUCCGAUCGCUGCUGUCCGCCCCGAGCUCACCCCUGCAGAGCAAGAGGAGGCCGAUCGAGCUGCCGAGGAGCGCGCGCGUGCCCGUGCCGCCGCGCGAGAGCGUGAACGCAGCCGGUCGCCUGUCCGCCGCCGCGACGACAGCGACUACCCCGACACUCGUCGCAGCUCGAGCCGCCGCGACGAUGUCGAUGACGAGAGGAGGAGGAGGUACGACGAGGACGACCGCGGCCGCGACCCAAUCGAUGAAGACAGGCCGCGCGAGAGGAGCUACGGAGGAGAGAAUGGUGCCGGAGAAGCCGAGCACGCAAACGGCCGCGAGAGGUCGGCCGAUGCCGCCGACGCCCCCGGAAAGGACGCUAGCGCGGAGCCCGCGAAGGACGCGGCGGCGGCGGCAACAGAGGACGACGCUGCUCCGGCGGCGGCCAACGCCAACGGAAGCGGCUGGAGCUCGCCUCCGGGGCAAGCCUGA